AAAAUUGCCUUCCUUUCGGGAAAUGAGAUGGAGCUCCCAGCCAACAAUGCGGAUUACCGGGAACAAGACUAUUGGGAUACAAGGUACCAGACUGAAGAAAAAUAUGACUGGUUCUCAGCUUAUUCAUCUUUUCGCAAUCUCCUCAAAAAUGACAUAAAGUCUGAAGACAAAAUUCUUAUGUUAGGUUGUGGUAACAGUACUUUGAGUGAGGAGAUGUACAAAGAUGGCUUCAAACACAUCACGAACAUUGACUUCUCCCCUGUUGUAAUACAAAAAAUGGCCGACAAACAUUCAGAUUUACAAGAAAUGUCAUGGCUUGUUAUGGAUAUUUGUGAUCUCAGAUUUGAACCUUGUUCUUACGAUAUUGUACUUGAGAAAGGCACUCUUGAUGCACUGAUGGUACAUGAAAAAGAUCCCUGGGACACAUCAGUGGAGACUUUACAAAAAAUUGACAGCAUUUUACAACAGGUGACCAGUAUUUUAAAGCCAGGAGGAAAAUUUAUCUCAAUAACAUUUGCUCAGCCUCAUUUUAGAAAGCCUUUGUAUGCCUGUGAUAAAUAUAACUGGGACGUGAAUGUCUCAACAUUUGGAAACUCAUUCCAUUUCUUUUACUUUGUGAUGGAAAAAGGGAAGCAACUCAGUGAAAAAGACAGGAUAAAUGAAAAGGAAAGACAAAAAAGAAAACAGGAGAGAAGUUGUGAGAAAAUAGUGUAUUUAAAAUGUGAUGAUGAAGAAGAAUUUUUAUUUGGAAUAGAUUUAUGAUGUCAGAA